UUGGGGAACUAGAGAAGAAGAUGAUAGUGAAUUGAAUAAAGUAACUUCUCGUGAGAAUGAAGUACAAGUCACUUCAAUAGAUGUUGCUGAUGGAUAUGAUCGAGCCUGGAAUACUUUAAAACGUCCUAAAGAAAAUAAACCUAAAAAUAUGGGUAUAAUAUCUGAAGAUGAAUAUAGGAAAAGAUUUCGAAUUUAUCUUGUACUUUUAUGGGCUUUAACAAACACUAUAUUAGUAAUUAUUGUCAUUAGUGAUAACAAACUUUUAAUACAAUAUUCACCUCAAAGUGCAAGGAUUAAUGUUUAUGUAACAAUUAUUCUUUGGUCUGUUGCCGGAUUAGCUGUAUUUAGAUUUUUUGGUAGCUUGGCUUAUUUUGUUCUUGAAUUGCCAAAAACAUUAAAAUCACAGCUAGCACCUAGAAGAUCAAGAAGGAGGAAUCCUGUAAACAAU